UACAAAGGAAAGUUCUAGCUGUGCCGCAUGCGUAUUUGGUCCUGCACAUACUGUUUCUAUACUCUGCUCUGCUAAAAGUCUACUAAACAAAAGCACAUGGGUUUGCGAAUGUUGGUUUAAUUUUACAUUUCUCUGUAGCAGAGCAAUUUGGAUAUGUAUUUAUUUUUGAUGGUAGAUAAUUUAAAUUUUCUAAAGCGGUUAUAGUGUAUAGGGCAGUUAAUGCCCAUUUCAGAUUGCUCAAAAAUAUUUUUCCAAUAAAUAUUUAUUUGUUUAAUUUGAUGAACACGGUAAUUUUUUAAGUCACCAUGGACGAUUUUGGUGCACAAAAUGCUGUUACGACGAAUGAUUUUCAAUCGAAUCAUUUAAAAAAUUCUAGUAGUCGGCGAUUUUAUUGUUUUCCAGACGAUUAUAAUCAUGUAGAAAAUUUCAGCGACGUGUCUACUGUAGAAACUGCUAUUCUCUUCAAUGAAAUUUAUUCGAAUAUUUCAAGUCAAAAAGCUAUCUUCGAUGGACCGUAUGGUUGGAGAUCUGUUAUUUACUGUGAUUAUGCUGCAUCAGGACAACCCUUGAAUUUUAUCGAGGAUUAUAUCAGAGAACAAGUGCUUCCUUUUUAUGGUAAUACUCACACUACUAUUACAGCCACAUCUCUUCAAAGUACUUAUUUCCGGCAUGAAGCAAAAGACAUAAUUCGGAAAGCUGUAAAUGCCAGUGAACAUGAUGCAGUUAUUUUUACUGGAAAUGGAUGUACUAGUGCUGUUAGUAAAUUGAUUCAUGCCAUGAAUAUAAAACAACCUGUUAUUGUUUUUAUUGGUCCUUUUGAACACCAUUCUAAUUUGUUGCCAUGGCGAGAAAUAAAUUCCAAGAUUGUGAGGAUCAGAGAGACCUUUGAUGGUAUUGUAGACAUAAAUCACCUUGAAAGUGAAUUGAAGAAAUAUUGUGAUAAAAACUAUCAGCUCAUUGGCAGUUUCAGUGCAGCAUCUAAUAUAACUGGAAUACUCAUUGAUGAUAUAUCUAUAUCCAUUUUACUUCAUAAAUAUGGAGCUUUGUCUAUUUGGGAUUACGCUGCUGCAGCACCUUAUGUUCGCAUUGAUAUGAAUCCAAUUGUGAUGGGACAGAAUGAAGGAUUGGCUUACAAGGAUGCUAUUUUCAUCUCCCCUCAUAAAUUUGUUGGUGGACCUGAUACUCCAGGUAUUUUAGUUGCAAAAAAAGCUCGGCUACAAAAUCCUAUCCCAAGUGAACCAGGUGGUGGGACAAUAUUUUUUGUAAGUCGUGGCACUCAUCGUUACCUUAAGGAUGUAGAAAUGCGUGAAGAAGGAGGUACUCCAUCCAUUGUUGGAGCUAUUAGAGCUGGUAUGGUAUUUCAAUUGAAGGAAGCUGUUGGCCAUACCAUUAUCGCAGAAAGAGAACAACAAAUUUGUCGAUCAAUCUUCAGUAUGUGGAAGAAUAUUCCAGGAUUACAUUUGCUUGGAAGCCAAUCAGUGCCUCGUCUUCCUAUAUUUUCUUUUGUUAUACAACAUCCUGAGUCUGGAUUAUAUUUGCAUCACAAUUUUGUCUGCGCAUUGCUUAAUGAUUUAUUUGGAAUUCAAACUCGAAGUGGAUGUGCAUGUGCUGGACCAUAUGCAUUAGAUCUACUAGGAAUUAAUGAAUCAUUAGCUCUUAGGUUUGAUGAGCUUCUUGCUGAAAACACAUCAUUAGAUAGGACUCACCUACGUCGUAAGGGUGAAUAUUCGGAAAGAGAAGUAUUACGGCCUGGAUUUAUACGCCUUACCUUCCCAUUUUUUAUGCCUGAUAAUGAUAUAAAUUUUGUCUCAGAAGCAGUGGCCCUUGUUGCUAAACAUGGAUGGAAACUCUUGCCUCAGUACAUUUUUAAUCCUGAAACUGGCGAAUGGAAGCAUAGAAAACGUCAAGUAUUUUUAAGCAGAAAAUGGCUUGGUUCAAUAUCUUACAAAACAGGGCGUUUUGUUGCCAAAGAAAAUGAUGUGCAAAAUGGAAUACUAAAAAAUCCAAAGGAUUUGUUAGAUGAAGCUAUGGAGAUAUUCCAGAAUUCUAUUUCGGAAGCAACGAAAAAAUUUACGCCAGAUCAGGAGCUAAUUUUCGAUGAUGAAUCAUCAGAACUUAGGUGGUUUCUUUUACCAAGUGAAGCAAAACGCUACAUUCUUGGAGAGAGCGUUAAAAUAAAAAAGACUGUUUUCACUGUGAGAAAUUCACCAAGAAAUUCUAAUAUAUGUACACUUAAUGAAAAUGACUUUUCCGAUCCGUCCAUAUGGAGAUCUUCAGGUGAUGUAAACUGUAACUUUACUGAAUGCAGUACUGCAGGUUCAGUGUUUGCGAUUUCUUUGAAUAAAAAUGCUAAUGGUUUGGAGCUUCCUGAUCAAACAUGUUCAAUUAUGAAACGAACUGCUGUUUUUCAUAAAGAAUUGUCUUCUGGUGUGUUUUGCAAAUGGCAUUCUCCACCAACCAUUAUUUUUAGACCAUUUCUGAAGGCUGUGAAUCAAUUCGAUAUGAUCAAAAGUGGGGAUAAAGUAUUAGUUUGCUUAUCAGGUGGGAAAGAUUCGUUAUCGCUGCUACAUACUUUGCAUCAAUAUCAAUUUUAUGCUAAAAAACAGGAAAUAUGUUUUGAAAUUGGAGCUGUGACCGUUGAUCCUAAGAGUCCACUUUAUGACCCAAGUCCAUUGAAGGAAUAUUUAAAAGCUUUGAAUAUUCCAUAUUUUUAUGAAGAACAAGAUAUUGUAGGCCAAGCUGCUAAAAUGGAAAAGUGCACAUCAAUAUGUAGCUUUUGUAGCCGCCUGAAACGAGGCAGAAUUUAUGCAUGCGCUCAUAGACAAAAUUAUAAUGUUGUUGCCCUAGGGCAACAUUUAGAUGAUUUAGCCGAAAGUUUCUUGAUGUCGAUUUUCCAUAAUGGACGUCUGAGAACUAUGAAAGCGAACUAUACUGAUAAGUCUUCGUCGCUACGAAUUAUCAGACCAUUUGUUUUUGUGCGUGAAAAAGAUCUUCGAACAUUUGCAGAACAGAAAAAAUUGCCUGUGAUACCAGAAAACUGCCCUGCCUGCUUUGAAGCUCCGAAAGAACGUCACCGAGUAAAACAACUGCUGGCUGCUCAAGAAAUUCAGUUUCCAAAUCUGUAUCUGAGCUUAAGAACUGCAAUGCAUCCUCUUAUGGCAAUAAAUGUUACUGGUGUUGAAGAUAAAAUUUUAGGGAAGAAUGCACUUCAAAACUUUGAAGCUUUUGCGUCUGAUGAUGACGAUUAAUAUAUAUAUAUAUAUUAAGAUGUUUGUGUUGCCAAGAGCUCAAUUUUUUGGCGCAAUAAAAUAAUUUAUUUUGGAAA